AUGGACAAAAAAGAUUGGAAAAGCUUUGAAAUGAUUGAACAUUUAGCUUUCACAUGUAUGCAGGCAACUGAAGAAAUCAAAAACAUAUUUUUACAAGAAAUAAAAAAUUGUACAACAUAUGAGAAUUCCUCUUCUACUAUCACCUUCUCUACUACAGCCUCCUCUUCUACUAAACGAAUCAAAGUUCAAAAUCAAAAAAUUCUACAAU